AUGACGGAAAACUCAAAGAAAGAAAAAUUUACAUCUUUUCUCAUUGGUCUUGCUAGGCUGCUGGAAAGGCAAGGAAUGUUGAAUGUUGAGGCUCGGCCCAAUGCCCGACUUCCUAUCAUCAAGUUCAAGGGAUUUGCCUUUGACUGCGAUCUGAGUGUCAACAAUGUCCUUGCCUGUAUCAAUACCGACUUGCUGUUCACAUACACCAUGCUGGACAAGAGGGUCAGGCCGCUGAUCAUGUGCAUCAAGCACUGGGUGAAGCAACGUCAAAUUCACAAUACCUUCAGAGGCUAUCUGAGUUCUUACACGUAUACGUUGAUGGUAAUCCAAUACCUGCAGUAUGAACGAGUGCUGCCGUGCUUGCAAAGUCUGCGGCGCGUACAGGCCAAGCUGAACAACGAUCCAUCGUUUGCUGUUUCCAGUGACGGAGAUUUGUACGACUGCUACUUCUAUAGAAACGUUGAGACAUUAGCGAGUUUCGGUGAAAGGAACAAGCGUUCAUCGCUGGGGCUUCUUCUCGUUGGGUUCUUCCACUUCUACUCCAAUGGAGUUGUGAGUGUACGAAGCGGAAGGCUUCUCAGGAAGAGGGCGAAGGGAUGGGAUACCCCGGAAGACUUCAGAAACAGGCAUAUUCUUUGCAUAGAGGAUCCUUUCGACAUCAACCUUGACUUGGGGAGAUACGUCAACGACUACACCGUACAAGAUAUUCUUGAGGAGUUUGCCAGAGCAUUGCAGAUCCUGCAAAAGUCUGGGAGCUUCGCUGAGCUCUGCGCUCCCUCCACUAAGAGUGGAAUUCACGAGCGAAGAGGUAACAUCGGAACAGCAGCGCAAAGUCCCUUGCAUCUCCGAUGGGCUCUUCCUGUGUCACACGGCGAUUCCUGGAUGGCGCAGAGCGUCCAGGCUGAGAAACAAGCAAGAGCAACAUAG